AUUAUUCAUGUGAUUCAAUCGUUUCCCUCUCCCUCUUUUUCUUGUACUAUAUGUCUAUAAAUUCUAAAUAUUCCACUCACCUAUUCCUGCCUCGCCUCCUCUCACAAAAGAAAGUGAAUUAGGGAGAAAAAUGAGGAACCAAUUCUACUUAUUACUUUGGCUGUUGGCUUUAAAUAGUACUAUUGUUUUAGCUGAUGAAGAAUAUAUUAGUUUGGGACGCCAUGAAGAUGACCUCAGCCAAGGGGAACAGCCAUUGUCAAGAGUUCAAAUACACAAAACUGUUCUUGCUCUACGUAAAUCUGCCUCCAUUAAAGUUGCUGGAUCUACUCUUCUCGGCUCUACGGGUGAAGAUGUUGAAUGGGUUACAGUAAACCUCAAGAAUGCAAAGCCCACAAAUGAUGACUGGGUUGGAGUAUUUUCUCCUGCAAAGUUCAAUGAAUCAAUUUGUGACCCAGUAACAAUUGAUGAACAACAAUUUGGUGCUCCAUUUUUAUGUACUGCCCCCUUAAAGUUCAAAUUUGCAAAUUACAACAAUGUCAAUUACACAAGGACUGGGAAAACUUCACUUAAGUUCCGGUUAAUUAACCAGCGUGGGGAUUUCUCAUUUGCCUUCUUCUCUGGCGGUUUGUCUAAUCCUAAGUUGAUAGCCAUCUCAAAUCACAUCGCGUUUGCCAAUCCGAAAGCGCCUCUUUAUCCGCGUCUUGCUCUUGGGAAGUCAUGGGAUAUAAUGACCGUUACCUGGACAAGUGGUUACAACAUAGACGAGGCUGUUCCAUUCGUCGAAUGGGGUUGGAAGGGCCAAGCUACACAACGCUCCCCAGCAGGGACACUGACAUUUCAUCGGAACAGCAUGUGUGGAACACCUGCUAGAAGUGUGGGAUGGCGCGAUCCUGGAUUCAUACAUACUAGUUUCCUGAAAGAUUUGUGGCCAAACAUGGUGUACACAUACAAGUUGGCUCACUUGUUAAACAAUGGCUCGAUUGUUUGGAGCAAGCAAUAUUCAUUUAAAUCUCCUCCAUUUCCGGGACAAGAGUCACUGCAACGCGUUGUGAUAUUUGGAGAUAUGGGGAAGCAAGAACGCGAUGGUUCGAAUGAGUAUGCUAAUUAUCAGCCUGGCUCACUUAUGACAACAGACACCCUUAUUAAGGACCUUGAUAACAUUGACAUAGUUUUCCUUAUUGGAGAUCUCCCCUACGCAAACGGCUAUAUCUCACAAUGGGACCAAUUUACAGCACAAGUGGAACCGAUAACAUCGAAAGUACCUUUCAUGAUUGCAAGUGGCAAUCAUGAAAGAACUUGGGAGAACAGCGGAUCAUUAUACACUGGUCUGGACUCAGGUGGAGAAUGUGGUGUACCAGCCGAAACAUUAUACUACGUUCCAGCAGAAAACAGAGCUAAGUUCUGGUAUGCAGCCGAUUAUGGCAUGUUCCACUUCUGCAUAGGAGACACUGAACAUGACUGGAGAGAGGGAUCUGAACAAUACAAGUUCCUUGAGGAAUGCUUUGCAUCAGCGAAUAGACACAAACAACCAUGGUUGAUUUUCUCCGCUCAUCGUGUUCUCGGUUACUCUUCCAAUGAUUGGUAUGCUAAGGAAGGCUCAUUUGAAGAGCCUAUGGGAAGGGAGCACUUACAAAAACUCUGGCAGAAAUAUAAGGUUGAUAUGGCAUUCUUUGGACAUGUCCAUAACUAUGAAAGAGUUUGCCCAAUUUAUCAGAAUCAAUGUGUGAACAAGGAGACGUCACACUACUCGGGCGUAGUGAAUGGAACAAUUCAUGUUGUUGUUGGUGGUGGAGGAAGCCAUUUGAAUCAAUUCACAACCAUUAACACCACAUGGAGUGUGUUCAAAGAUUAUGACUAUGGAUUUGUCAAACUUACAGCAUUUAACCAAUCUUCCCUUCUCUUUGAGUACAAGAAGAGCAGAGAUGGUAAGGUGUAUGAUUCUUUUACAGUCUCAAGAGACUAUAAGGAUGUCUUAGCUUGUGUCCAUGAUGGUUGUGAACCAACUACUUUGGCUAGUUAAAUUCAUGUGUCUACAAGUGUAUGUAGCAAGGAAUAAGUACCUUUUAAGUUUUCUUUUUUUGUUUUUGUUUAACCAUUUAGUAUGUGAAGCCCGCUGACCUGGCUAAUUCGAAUUCCCGUCGGGUAGGUUCACUAAAGGGGUGAAAGAGUACCUUUAUUUAUGUUGGUUCUAGAGCUAUUAGUAUUUAAAUCUUGUCUUU